CUGUCGUCUCCGGAAACCCUAACCAGACUCGUCUUAGAAAGAGGACGCCGACACUCGCCGCCACCAUCCACAUCCAGAUGCAUCCUCGUUAGCUUUCGCCAUGCCGGCAGCUUCCACGCUCAUGCGGUUCGCUAGUGCCGGUCGCUCAGCUGCGGCGACCGCAUCUCGCUUCGCCCGUUUAGCUGAACGAGCGGCCCUCUCCACGAAGGCGGUGGCGGUCGAAUGUCACGCUCCCACCUUGGGUUCCCACCGUGCAGCCUCCGUAGAUCUGCGUCUGCACCGUCCUCCCGUCGUCGUUCCUCCCCCCGCCAUGACCGCACCUGCCUCCCAGACGCUCAGCUACUUAAAAGAACAAACGCCGGAAGGUAAGGUGAAAUUUGUGGCAGAGGAGAAAGACCUUGAGUCAGAUGAAACCCUUUGGGCCUUGUACGAGCGCUGGUGCGAGGCUUUCAACCAAAAGCGUGACCAUGAUGAGAAGGUUCGCCGGUUCAGCACAUUCAAGAAGACCGUUCUGCACAUCCACAACAAGCCCAAUGUGGGCUACAGAAGGGGAAUAACCCAAUUCGCUGAUGGAAAGCUAAGGAAGCCCUGUUGCACUGAUCUGCUUGAUCGUAAGAUUGCAGAGCAGGUUGACGGCUAUAAUGUUGAAUUUGUAACAGAUGACAGUGGCAAACUUUACAAGCGAGUCUACGCUGAUUAUAAGGUGGUUCAAGACAGACUUUAUGUCCAUUUACCCAAGGGGGUUGAUGUGAAAACCAUCACCAGCAACCCUGAAUGGGCUGAGCUGGAAAAGUAUGACUCCACCAACCCUGAAUGCUAAGCUGUUCUAGUGCUAUGCUGUAUUGGUUGGUCUUCCUUCUGCCAAAGAAGACAUCUGUACUAAGUUGUGCUUUGGCAAUGCAUCCGUAUGCUUAAUAAUAUGUGUAAGCUAUGUGUAUGCAGACUAUAAUAAUGCUUUUGUAAGAUAUUUAUGAAGUUUGCCUAAGGUGUUAAGAUAAUCU